UGUGCUAUGGGUAAUUUUGUUUUCUUAACGUGUGAUGGAGUGUGAAUAUUGGCCUACAUACUCCGUUCGCAUGGUUGUCCAUGUGAAGGACUAACGAGAGAUCGAUUGAAAUACAAUCUUAAUCCAUCAAUGCAAGUACAUAUCAAAGUAAACCUUUCCGGAGUGCCACUCAUACAUCGUUUAUUUAGCUCGUCGUAGCGAAAAUUCUUUACUGGUACUUUUUUCUUCGCUUCCAGAUUUUUCCAAGGACGAUAAAUAAUCCAACUAUCCAAGCGGACAAAAAUCCAAGCGAAAUGGUAAAUCAUAAACCAAGGGAGACAGAUACCUCUGGAAAUGUCACUCAACAGGUACCUGAUGACAACAAGACGGCCGAGGGUGGAAGUGAUAAAUUACAAAGGGCACAAUACGAAAAUGUAAAUGCACAUGGAACAGCGAACAAAACUGAGCACUGUGAUGAACAAAAUAAAACAUUGAGUGCUGACAUUGAUGCGAACAUAAAAGAAUCCCCUGUUUACAUCGCAGAGCUACCACAGGCAGAGGGUAGAACGAAACCACGGAGUCAGUAUGACUUCUCAGUCACAAAUUUCAAGUCGCUGAUAGAAAACAAUCGAAAAAAUGACAAAAAGAAUAUGAAUGAAGAGUCCGGGGCUGCAGCGAAGGUUGACAACGGUACAGCAAAUGUGAUGAAAUGUGUCGAUAUCAAUGAUAUUGUACUUGAGACCAAUAAGAAUACCAAAAAUGUUGAUGUGGCACCGGAUGGUACUACUAUUUCUAAAUGUAGUGAUACAAAAAGUGAACAUUUCCAGGAGAACCUGCGUCCAUUUUGCGCAAAGAUAGAGAAAACGUUGGAUGUCCAAAUACCACCACCUGUUCGAACGCCGAAGGAAAAGACCCACUUCGGGGAUUUUACUACAGAAAGUGUAGAGCACGUUUUGAAGGCUACACCCAAGACAUCACCAGAAAUAUCGCCGAGGCAGAAAUCGUGUGAUAAGUAUAGAGGCCUGCCUCUCGACGUUAUCCUUAAUAAGGUAAAAUUACUGCUAGCGCCUUGUGAAGAAGCUACUAAUACCACUGACAGCGAUCAUGAACCUCAAAAGGAUACAAAUCCGAAAGGUCAAGUCACAUUUACUUACGAUGCGUUCAAAGCUACUCGACUUGAAAACAGAAUUAAAAGGCUGAAAGGAUUUAAAAUGGAUGAUGACAUAGUCAGAGAGGAACUCGAGAAAUCCGUGGGUGGUGUUAUCGAAAAGGUCAGAGAAGAGAUUGAAAACCAUGAUGAGUCAAAACUGGAUCAAGUUCUGUUUGGACCUUGUGAUACAGGACAAAAUGGACAGAACAAGACAUUAUGCAAAGGCAAUGAUGACCUGAACGUCCAAAAUGAUGAGGAUGUAGUUAAAUUGGAGAAUAACCAGCGCAGUUUGGUUGAUGCGAGAAAAUUUCAGAUUGGUGAAGUUUGCAGAAUGUGUUUUAGAAACUUCUUGGCGUGGUGGAAUGCUUUUUGGGGAUAUUUUCUAGCACCCCGCCGGGUAUGAUAUCAAUGCCACUUUAUACAGCGUUCGGUGUCUGUAGAAUGGCCGUCAGAACAUAACUAAAAACUUUAAGUAAAUCAAGUGUGUUGAUUUUUCACAGCACAGCCCAAAGAUGAUGUGCGAAACUUCUCUAUUGGUUAAUAUAUUUUUGAGAUGUUAAUCAAAGAAAGGCAAUGUGAUCACGUUGGUUUUUUGUUGUUUUAACUCUGUUGUUAUUGUGCACUUGAAUUUUGACCAAUUCAUUUUCUGGUUAAAAGCACUAAAACAUUGGAAAAGAAAAUUCCUAAUGGAGC